UAAAUUGGAAUAACUAUUGGUUAUUUGUUCACAAGUGUAGAUUGAAUUUUAGAUCGUCCUAUUAGUUAGAGCUAUCUUGGAGAUCCCGCGUGAUAAGAAUUUGUACUCGCUAUCACCGAAAGUUUAAAAGCUGCGCAAAACAAACAGAUUCUGUUUCUGUGCUGCUGAGAACCCGGUAAAUAGUGAGAUUACUCCUUGGACUUUUUUCCUCGCUUCCGCUCGCCGUAACACAACUUUUAAACUUUCGUGACGAUGAGUGCGAAAGAAGCCGAUGCGAAUCAAGGUGCGGAUAAAUCGCUGUCGCAAACGCCGGAAAAGCCGAAUACGGGAGGCUGCGUCAAUUGCUCGCGCCCCGAUAGCUACGACAAUUUCGUCCAAUGUGACCAGUGUGAUGGCUGGUGGCACAUGCGCUGUGCGGGUGUGACCGAAUCAAUCGCGGAGAGGCCCUGGACGUGCCGUAAUUGUCUACCUUUGUCUGUUCACAGCAAGGCGACAAACCGGUCGGCUCAGAUUGCUCUGAGACUGAAGAAGCUGGAGGAGGAGCGCGCAAUUCAACAGCGUGCGGCUGAGGCCGAGAAAAGGGCCAUCGAGCAAGAGAGGAAACUCAUGCAGGAGAAGUUUGCUCUGAUGGAGGAGCAGCUUGAAGAUGAACGGGAGAAAGCUAGCAACCGUAGCCAGGUGAGUCGACGAUCGAGGGAACAACGAGUGACCGAAUGGGUGCAGCAGCAGUCCUCGGAUGAAGCAGCUGUAGAAGGAGUACCGGAGCAAGGCGCAGAAACCGGACCCAAUCCUUCCGUUACGGAGCAUCAGGCAGAGCCCAUCCCAGUGAAGGAACCACCGAUGCAGCGUGGAGAAAUUCGGGUAGAUCCGUCGAAACAACCGGAAUCAGCAGCGGAACACAGGCGCGAUUCCUAA